AUGAACAGCCAUGAGCGUGUGCUCGACGAAGACCGCCUUCGUCACGUGUCCCGAUCGAUACGCGAUUACGUGCCGACGCGCUCGGCGACCGCACACGCGUCUUCUCGUGAGCAUCAGAUCAAAGCAUUCGAAAAUCUCCUGCAAGAUGUCUUCGCCACAAGCAGCUGCACGGCCCUGAGCACUUCUCAUCGAGUGGCCGCAUGGAACACGCUCUGCUCGCUCGUGGACCGAAGCUUGGAGUCAGACCUGCCCGCCAUCAGCAAUUCGUGCUGGAGUCUUGGCAUCUGGAAUCGGUCUCUUGGCCUGUACCUCGACCACGCAGACACGGCACGACCCAAGUCCUCCAGGCAGCUCGUGACCACGCUUACGAAUGCCUUGAAAAAGGGUCUUGCAACGGGCAAUCGGGACGUGGCUGUGCUCGCCGGCCAUGCUGUUCGCCGUCUUCUUCGCUCUCUUCACGCCGACGACGAUCCGGCUCGGGCCAAAGCGAGCGCACAGCUCCUCAGCAAUCUCCUGCUGAAAGAAGUCAUUCCCAUCGCUUCGGUGCUCGGAUAUGUACCCUCGCAGUCACACCCCGAGAGAGACCAUGCACAGGUCCUGUUGCGCACGGUUCUCGCAUGGCUCGGAAGGGGCGACUUUGGAUCAACAAUCGCGACGACCGUUUCGGCGGUGCUCGACAAACUCGAAGAUGCUGACCACGCCGAUUCCAGGAAUCAGGAAUCCGGAUGCCCUGCUUUGAUCUGGCUGGAGCCUCUGCAAGACGUCUGUCGCCACGCUACUGUCCAUUCCGACGAUCUGCGAGCUCACCUUUUCCCUGUACUAUUCAAGCGCAGAUUCGAAGAUUUUGUGGCUUUCCUCAAGUGUCAAGGACUCACCGCCGUCACUGGCCGCUUCGAGCUCGUCGUUCUCUCGCAAGCCAAGACAUCCGAUGAUUUGCUGUAUACUGCACUACAGACCGGCAAAGAUUUAGGCCUACUCUUCGAAACGGACAGCGACCAGAUCGCAUGCACGCCUUCGAUCGUGUUCUUACCAAUCGCAUACAUCGAAGGCCUUGUCUUUCAGCGCUCAAGGUCAGCUCGUCUUACCGGACUUUCGCUCCUCACUACAUCGCCUUCAGCAACUCGUGCGCUGUCGCAACGUGCACUGCAAUUGCUGAAGAGAGCUUUGCCUGUCUUCUUCGCUGACGUCGAUGCUGAUUUCCGUGGCGCAGUAUUUGGCGCUUUGCAGCGACUCGUGGAUCGCAUGAGAUCAAUCACAAAGGUGCUUUCGCAACAAACCAGCAAACUUGAGAGCGCCGAAGCAACGCAGGCGCUGAGGAUCCAUCAAGACUUUCUGAAAUGGCUUCACCGCUUCCUUGUGCACGAAUUGCGCCCAUCUGCCAGCUACCAGAGACACAUAUCUGCUCUGAAAGGACUGUCCAUCAUGGCUAGAUCUGCGCUUGACAGCGCCGUUCCCACCGAAUCAUGGACCAAGUCUGCACGAGGUGAAACAAAGUGGACUUUUCACAUCAAAAUUCUUACCCCAGACUUACAAAGACAACUCCUAGACCUGCUUUUUGACCCAUUCGAUGAUGUUCGCCAAACAGCGGCUUCCAUCCUACGACUCUACCCAUCGGAGACUCCGAAAGAUGGUUUACCAGGAAUCUAUGAUCUGGCCUGCGAGCGUGCGGAGAGGAAGAUGUACCUUUCAGGCAGAGCUGACCAGGCAGAUGGCGUCGCUCAUCUCUAUGCAUUGAUACAUAAAAGUCGUGUUGCCGGCCAGUCUAAUUCCAUUGAUGAACAAGGCCAGCUCGCAACACUUGUUGAUAAGCUAGAGAAGCUUCUUGCUAUCGCCGAACGGGAUCUCGCAACAGCUGUGGAACGCUAUCCGUUACACGGCCUGCUCACAAGCUUGAGAUAUGUUGUUGGCAACGCCUCUACCCUGGAUAAUGGUGAAGCAAGGACGCUCUUUGUUGACCUCAUCAGAGUGUGGAAGCUCGUCAAGCCAAUAUUGUGCGAUGAUGCGCCGGAAGGCUACCUUCCAGAAGAACUCGAAGAAACGCCAAACUCAACCAAGGAGACUCUAAGUUAUUGCUGGAGAGCAUUGAAAGAAUCUAGUCUGCUUCUCAGCUCGUUGAUUGCAGGAAAGCAGACCGAAGCCGAUCUUCUUGAAGCAAUGAGCGAGCUGUGCUUCAUACAACUAUCCGAACUCAGGCAUAGAGGCGCUUUUUCGACUGUGGCCCAGACGUGGACAGCUUGUUGCAACAGAUGCACAGACCUGCGUCAAAGUGAUGGUAUUAAUUUACUGGACAACUGGUAUGGCAGAAUCAUCGAUAUGCUACACAAGAAUGUGGCCAUCAAUACAAGACGCUCAGCAGGCCUACCAUCCUUGCUAUGCGGCAUCUUAAUCGCUGACCGAUGUGAGCGCCUCAUUGCAAAGGCCUUCGUUGACCUUGAGGUGGUGGCAAGGCAGAGCGUGGAUGCUAAAGAUGAGGGCAGUCUACCGCAAGUCCAUGCCAUGAACUGUAUGAAGGACGUACUGAAGAACUCAAAUCUUGGCGAAAGCUCGGAGCGCCAUCUCCCCGUAGCCUUACAAUUGGCUGCCGAUGCGUUGAGAUCUGAUACGUGGGCGAUUCGAAACUGUGGACUAAUGCUUUUCCGAGCUGUCAUUGACCGCUUACUUGGUACGAGCGCUGCAUAUCUCGAAGGUGACUCACAAAUACGCAAGCGAAUUUCCGUUGAACAGCAUCCGCAGCUGCUCGAUGUGAUUAUCGGACUGCUGAACGCCCCCUUCCAAGAUAGAAUCCUGAGGUAUGAAGGUGUCUUCCCAGCGUUAGAAAUGCUGCAGCUCGCACGUGUUCCAAAGGAGCGCCUGGAAGUGGCGAAAGUAGCCGUCAAAGCCUUAACGGGAGUGUCUUCCUGGCAUGUUCGAGACAAAGCAGCCAGGACACUCGCCUCGAUGGAGACGAUAUCCGCUGUCUCUCAAUAUCUUGGAGAUGCAGCAGCUAGUAAUACGCUUGGCGAGAACGCCGUACACGGGAUACUCCUCGUCGCUGGUUAUGCACUCCAAAGAGUGGAGCUCGACCAUAUUCAGGAUCCCAAAGCGACUAGAGACCUCAGGAGCGAUUCAAUGCCGCAAGAAGUAGACACAAUUGGCUUCGCAGCUGCCGAAUUGUAUCAAAAAUCGAGCAGCUUCACUUCAAAGGCCGCCGCUUUGGAUGUACUGCGUGACUGUUGUGACACCGGCUCAAGGCUUUUCAAGAACUACGACCACCGCAGUCUGCUGGCUCGGGUAUGUCCGUCUCAAGCAGCUAGCCAUGCUGGCCCUGUUGCAAUAUUCGAGAAAAAAUUGAUGGCCUGUUGCUCUGCACCUGGCUCUGCGAGUAUUCGCCAAUCAUGGGCUCGCCUUUUCGCUCAGUACCUGGUCAUCGAGCAAUCAGUUAACAAGGACGAAAUCUUCUCCUAUCACCGGCUUGCACAAGAGCUAUCUCGUCACGAUCAGAAUGCCUACAGCCAUUUCUUGAGGUCAUUUCAAGGUCGACUCGAUGCUUCUGCGCCCAUUGCGGAUGUUGUUGUGGAUGCGUGCUUUCACAUCGUCAACAGCGCGUUGCCCGUGGAGCUCAUUUGCGAGGCGCAAAAGACACUACUGAUGCUGUGUAGCGGGAGCGAGAGCAAUGUCGACCUGGCCAUCGCCCUGAGGUCGCAGGACGCAUUGAGCGAGAGAGCAUGUAACCAGAAGUAUGUUGAUCAGUGGUUGCAACUUUUUGCGAUACAUCUGGAUCACAGGAGCAAUACCGACGAGCAUUUAGUGCAGGAUAUCGUCUUGUGGGCAAAUUACUGUGCAUCCGCAGUCGAUGGCACAGGUGUCCACUCUAGAGAGGCAGCUACUGAGGCCAUUAGCUGUAUUCGAAGAUUAUGGUUGGUUCUGAACACGACUGUCGAUAAGAAGCUGGACAACGCUUUUCUUGGAUUAUGCAUCGCUACAUAUGACCUUCUCAACGACGACGAGGAAGAUAUUCGGCUACAAGCCGCACAGAUUGCUGGUCGGAUACUUGAAGCAGCCCACACCAAUCCUGCCCAAAGGCUGGACUUUGAACCCAUUGUGGCGAGUCAGAAGCUCCUUGGCUUCUGUCUCCGCCGCUGGAAGGCGAGUAGCAAGCUGGCCAGUGUGACACUGUAUCGUGCCUUCGGCAUCGGACUUGCUGGGACAAGACCAGUCACUGAGCAGCUCGAAGCUGCCACCUCUGCCGAUACUGCGUUGUUUGCCGAGGAGAAGCAGAAUCUGUAUAUUGACGAGGCUAAAGAAGCUAGGAUUUGGAGUCAGGCGGUCCAGCGCGUGGACGCGAGCAUCAUCCCCAAAACGGCUAUAACGCGACUUGGAGAAUGGACUGCUGCAGGUUUGGAUGCAUUGACUGAGCAAGCAAAGGGUCACCCUGAUGGAGCGCUGGGGUGGAGCACAAUUGACACAGUCUUCACCUUAGGUCUACGUGUUGUCUAUGGGGCCGAAGUGGUCUUCGGCCUCGCAAUGAAAGGAGUCCGCGUUCCUGUACCUCCUUCUGAGCUGCGAAAGAAGCUCUUCAUAUGCCUGACGGCUUUCGAGGAUGGAGGAGUCAGCGGCUUCGGUCAGGUCAACUGCCUGUGGCGAUGGGAAGUCGACAGGAUACUAAAAGAAUCGCUGUCGAGUAAGCUCACGUCGCUGGGAGAUGCAGUGGAGGCCACAUUUGAUAAGGCUAGAGGCAUUGAACGAUGAGGACACUUACGUGAACGUAUUUGUCGC